AUGCUUAAUAAGGCACUUUACGGUCUUAAACAAGCUCCUAGAGCUUGGAACCAUCGGAUUAAUCAGUUCUUGGAGAAGAUUGGUUUUGUGAGAUGUGUUUAUGAACAAGGGGUGUACACCAAGUGCUGGAAAGAUCAAGACAGAGAAGAGAAAAUAAUAGUAUGUCUUUAUGUGGAUGAUAUGUUGUUGACUGGGAGCAAGCCAGAAGCAAUUGCAGAGUUUAAGUCUCAAAUGCAUAGUGAAUUUGAGAUGAGUGAUUUGGGAAGACUCAACUACUUCCUAGGAAUUGAGUUUCAGUUCACAAAAGUUGGAACUAUUAUGCAUCAGAUGAAGUACUCACGUAAUCUUCUCAAUAGGUUCGGGAUGAAGGAUUGCAAUGUUGCAGUAACUCCAACUGAAAUGGGUCUCAUAUUAGAAAGGGGCACUGAGGAGGAAGAUGUUGAUCACACAGAGUUUCGAAGAAUCAUUGGGAGUCUGAGAUACUUAUGUAACACCAGAACCGAUUUGAGCUAUGGUGUUGGCAUUGUUAGCAGACAUAUGCAGAGCCCGAAAAUUAGCCAUAUGAAUGUUGUGAAACGAAUCUUACGUUAUAUGCGUGGAACGUGUAACCUUGGUAUAAUGUUUCCAUGCAAGAAGCCAGGGGGUGAGAUGAAGUUGGUGGGAUUUGCAAAUGCAGAUUGGUGUGGUGACAGGGAAGACAGGAAAAGUACUGCAGGUCACAUUUUUUACUAUGGCGAAGGACCACUAUCCUGGAAUUCAGUCAAGGAACCCAUGGUGGCUUUCUCCUCAUGUGAAGCAGAGUAUAUAACUGUUGCGCAGGCUGCGUGUCAAGCCGCAUGGCUUAGGAUGCCGUUGAAGGAGCUGAAUGCAAUUGAUCCAACCACCAACACUGUUUGUUGA